AUGAAUUAUACCGGCAAUUCAUCAGAGAGUACACAAAAAUCUCAACCAACUGUUUCAGAAAAUUCUAGUAAUGUUUCAGGUAUGAAUAUUAGUUCUCAACAUCUUAGUCAAGGUCAACAUCAGGUUCAUAUACCUCAAACUUCAGGUUAUCAAAGAGGUACCAGUGAUGCCAUUCAGAGAUCUUUAUUGCCUCAAAGAUCAACAGUUUCAAGUGGGAAAUAUUCUUUAGGAGAUUUCCAUAUUAUGAGAACUUUGGGUACAGGGUCUUUUGGUAGAGUUCAUUUGGUAAGAUCUGUUCAUAAUGGUAGAUAUUAUGCUGUUAAAGUAUUGAAGAAGGCUCAAGUAAUUAAGAUGAAACAAGUCGAACAUACAAAUGAUGAAAGAAGAAUGUUAAAAUUAGUUGAACAUCCUUUCUUAAUUAGAAUGUGGGGGACUUUCCAAGAUUCCAAAAAUUUAUUUAUGGUGAUGGAUUAUAUUGAAGGGGGAGAAUUAUUCUCUCUUUUAAGAAAAUCUCAAAGAUUUCCUAAUCCUGUAGCUAAAUUCUAUGCAGCCGAAGUUUGUUUAGCUUUAGAAUAUUUACAUAGUCAUGAUAUUAUUUAUCGUGAUUUAAAACCUGAAAAUAUCUUGUUGGAUAGAAAUGGUCAUAUAAAAAUCACUGAUUUUGGUUUUGCCAAAGAAGUUAGUACUGUUACUUGGACUUUAUGUGGUACACCAGAUUAUAUUGCUCCUGAAGUUAUUACUUCAAAACCUUAUAAUAAAUCAGUUGAUUGGUGGUCUUUAGGAGUUUUAAUUUUCGAAAUGUUGGCUGGUUACACACCUUUUUAUGAUUCAACUCCUAUGAAAACCUAUGAAAAGAUUUUAAGUGGUAAAAUUCACUAUCCGAAUUUUUUCACUCCUGAUGUAAUAGAUUUAUUAUCGAAUUUGAUUACUGCUGAUUUAACUAGAAGAUUAGGUAAUUUAAUCAACGGUCCAGCUGAUAUUAGAAAUCAUCCAUGGUUUCAAGAAGUUAUUUGGGAAAAAAUCUUAGCUAAAGAUAUUGAAACUCCUUAUGAACCUCCAAUUACUGCAGGAGUUGGUGAUUCUUCAUUAUUUGAUCAUUACCCUGAAGAACAGUUAGAUUAUGGUAGCGCAGGCGAAGAUCCUUAUGCCCAUUUUUUUACUGAAUUUUAA